AUGGAAGACCUAUUGACAUUUCUCUCCUCAAUCGGCCAAGAGGUGGAAGAUGCUGACGAGGAAUCCUUUCUGCUCUUCUCGCAGGAUAUUCCCUCCUCCAAUCUAGGCUUCGUCGAUUCAAAGGCCACGACGGUCGACAUCACAAUCCACGAUCAGGACUACACGAUCCAUCAAUCUCCCACUCUUCUCUCGUCGUCUAGGGCCGGAGGUACAACAGGCGCAGUCCUCUGGAAAAUCACCCCCCUCUUCGCAGAAUGGCUCUCCAACAUGUCCACAAACCCACUCUGGACAUCCGCACAUCUCAACCGCAACUCCGCCGUCGUGGAACUGGGUUGCGGAAUCUCAGGCCUCACGGCGCUUGCCCUCGCCCCGCUGGUUGGGCACUACUUGGCCACGGACCAGGAAUACGUGGCUCGGCUGUUUCGGCAGAAUCUGGAGAGUAAUCCGCCGCUGCAGCAGAGUCAGAAGCCCGGGCCGGGUUCGAAGGGGAAGGGGCGGAAACAGCAGCAGCAGCAGAAGGGUAAGUCCAAGACGGACAGCUCUGGCUCUGCUGUGCUGCAUCCGAAUAUCACAUUUACUUCGUUGGACUGGGAACUUGAUGACCCGGCUCGAUUACGGCAGGAGAUUCCCACCCUCGAGGAUGAAGAUUAUGACGAAACCUCAAACACGGAUACAGGGUUCGACCUCCUCAUCUCCUGCGACUGCAUCUACAACGAAGCUCUCAUCGCCCCCUUUGUGCGGACAUGCGCUGAGAUCUCAGCUCUGCGCAGAACCAUUUCAAGAAAGACUAGGAAGCCGACGAUAUGCAUCAUCGCACAGCAGCAGCGGUCUCCUGAUGUCUUUGAGGCCUGGCUACGGGAGACAAUGCGCGUGUUUCGGGUUUGGAGGGUCGGUUCGGGUGUGCUUGGUGGGAAGUUGGGGAGUGGGAGUGGGUAUUUGGUUCAUGCGUUGCUAUUGAAGGACUAG